AGCUGAAAGACGUCCCUCGCGUUGCUGUGUUCGAGGAGAAGAGCAAGAGAGAGAGAGAGAGAGACAUAGAGAGAGAAGGAGAGAGAGAGAGAGAGAGAACAGAGGGGGUCUCGAGGAGGAGAGGCGACCCAAAAAACUUGGACAGGGAAAGUGAGAGAUGCAGUGAAGGAUAACCGACACGCUCUCGGCUCAAAGGUUAACAGGAAGUGGAGGUGCAGGAUGCAGCGUCUAGCCCGGGAGCAGCCGUUGGCCCUGACUGCGAUGAUGUCACACUGUCCGACCAAUGGGAAGGAAGAAGAGGUGAAGACAGAUGCAGAUUCCAUGGAAGAGGAGGAGGCGGAGUUUAACUGGGAGGAGUACAUGGAGGAGACGGGUGCUAACGCCGCCCCUCACACCACCUUCAAACAUGUGGAGAUCAGCCUCCAGAGCAGCUUCCAGCCGGGCAUGAAGCUGGAAGUGGCCAAUAAGAGCAGCCCGGACUCGUACUGGGUCGCCACCAUCAUCACCACGUGCGGCCAGCUGCUGCUGCUGCGCUUCAGCGGCUACGGCGAAGACCGCAAGGCCGACUUCUGGUGUGACGUCAUGACGGCCGAGCUGCACCCGGUGGGCUGGUGCACCCAGAACAACAAGACGCUCAUGCCCCCCGAAGAUAACAUUUACCUAAGAAAAGCCAUAAAGGAGAAAUACAGCGACUGGACAGAGUUCCUCGUUCAUGACCUGACGGGCGCAAGGACGGCACCGGCCAACCUGCUGGAGGGGCCUCUGAGAGGUAAAAACACUGUGGACCUGAUCGUCGAGGGCUCCGUUCUGGAGCUUCAGGACGUUUCGGGUCCGUUCCUCUACUGGCCUGUCCGGGUCCUCCAGAACGUGGGAGGGAGGCUCCGUCUGCGCUACGCCGGCCUCUCUGACGACCACGAAGCUCAGGACACCUGGCUGUUCUACCUGGACGUCAGGCUCCGCCCCCUCGGCUGGGCUCAGGAGUACAGAUUCACUUUAGAACCGCCCACAGGGGUCAGGUCUCUAAAGAGCGCUCCCGACUGGCAGGAGGCUCUGGAGGACGCUCGCCUCGACGGACUGAAGAGCCCGCUGCCGCUGGAGGUGUUCAAGGACCACAUGGACCUGCCUGAGCACACCUUCAAGACGGGGAUGAAGCUGGAGAUGGUAUCUCCGUGGGAGCGGCUACAGAUCUGCCCUGUUUCUGUCUCCAAGGUCUACAAUGAGAUCUACUUCCAGGUAACGCUGGACGAUCUCUCCGUCGACUCUAAGCCGCGGUUCGUGGUGUGUCACGCCAACUCGCCCGGCAUCCUUCCCGUCCAGUGGAGUCUGAAGAACGGCGUGGGUCUGGAGCGGCCCCCGGGCUACGAGGGCCACGACUUCGACUGGGCCGACUACCUGAAGCAGGGAGGGACGGAGGCGGCCCCCGACGGCUGCUUCCCUGAUACAUGGCAGAACAGGGGCUUUGCCAAGGACAUGUGGCUGGAGGCGGUGAACCCUCACCGGCCAGCGGAGGUGUGUGUGGCUCAGAUCACACAGGUCAGAGGACGCCUGCUGUGGCUCCGACUGGAAGGUGUGGUGAAGCCCCUGUCAGAGUGCAUCGUGGAAGCAGAAUCCAUGGACAUCUUCCCUGUCGGCUGGUGCGAGGCCAACGCUUACCCUCUGACCCCUCCACUCAAACCUGUCUGCCAGAAGCAGAAGAAGAUCGCGGUGGUCCAGCCAGAGAAACAGUUGGCUCCAUUCCAGCCGGUGGAGACGACUCCCGUCAGCCUCUGCCAGCCCGUCGCCAUGGAUCCAGGCUCGGCCAACGGCAGAUACUGCUGCUCCAAGAUCUUUGUCAACCACCGCUGUUUCUCGGGACCGUACCUCAACAAGGGACGCAUCGCCGAGCUGCCGCAGGCCGUCGGGCCUGGAAAAUGUACACUGGUCCUCAAAGAGCUGCUGAGCAUGCUGAUCAACGCCGCCUACAAGCCCGGACGAGUCCUGAAGGAGCUGCAGGAGCUGGAGGAUCAGAGCUGGGACUGCCAGGAGGAGACCCUCAAAGCCAAAUAUAAAGGGAAAACCUAUCGCUCCACCAUCCGGAUCGUCCGCCUCGCAGACCAGAUCCCAGACUUCUGCAGAAAGGUGUGCAUGAAGCUUCAGUGCUGCCCGAACCUCUUCAGCCCCGUCCUCGUCACCGACAAGUGCUCGGAGAACUGCUCCGUCCAGACCAAAACCAAAUACACCUACUACUAUGGGAAGAAGAGGAAGCUGUCCAAGCCGAUGGGAGGAGAGGAGGCGGCGGAGGGAGACGUGGCCAAGCCGACGCGCCGCAGGAAGAAGAGGAAAGCCAUCUUUGUGCAGAAGAAGAGACGCUCGUCCGCGGUGGACUUCACGCCUGCUGGCUCACCGCAGGACAGCGAGGAGGACGAAGAGCUGGCGUUGCAGUCGGGCAGUGAAGGCACCAGCUCGGAGCCCCGUGACGACCACACCGACGCCUCCUCGGUGGAGGUGUCCAGCAGCCGCCCUCGCCGGGCCGCCACGCUGCGCCGGGCCUUCAGCGCGGGAAACGCCACGGGCAGCCAAGGGGCCGCCGAGGGCCGCAGGAGGUCGACCCGCUCGCUGUCGACUCACACCCAGAACAACAAGUACCAGCCGGCCAAAGGACAAGACAUGCAGGUGGAGGAAGAGGAGGGUCAGCUGGUUCUGGACAGUAAUCCUCUGGAGUGGAGCGUAGACGAGGUCGUUCAGUUUAUCAACUCUACCGACUGUGGGUCCCUCGCCAACAUCUUCCAGGAGCAGGACAUCGACGGUCAGGCCCUGCUGCUGCUAACGCUGCCCACCGUACAGGAGUGCAUGGACCUGAAGCUCGGACCCGCCAUCAAACUGUGUCACCAGAUCGAGCGCGUCAAGGUGGCCUUUUACAGACAGUACGCCAACUGAACAAGCAGAAGAAAACAUCUUGGUCCUGCACGACUGGGAACGCUUGGAUUAGCUGCCGCCUGGUGGAGAGAUUUUUUGGAAAUAUGGAGUUUUUUUUACAUUCAAGAAGAAGGGAUAUUUUUUCGUGGUCGCGUUGGAAAAGCACAAACUGAGUUACAAUAGGAGAGGGUUUCCCUUUGAAGAGAUGUUGAAGGAUUACAUUUUGGGAUAUUUCUGUGAAAAUGUGACGCAGAUGUCGACUCCGGCAGAACAAAAACACAUCGGAGUCAAUCGUUUUGCGGUUUUUCUGACCUGUGAAGAAGUUAUCAAGAGAAAGCUGAGGACUCGGUUCUGAAGACAUUUGUGUUUCUUACUUUUCAUUUCCAUUUCAUUUGUGAUAUAGGAGCAUUAUAGCAUUUAAGUUAAAAACAAUCAUUGAGGUUUUUUUCCCUAUUUGUGUGACAUAAUUGGUUCUGGAAAAAUAUAUUUGAAAGUAUUUAAAAAACCAAGAAGUAAUAUAUUUGAAAUAUUUAUUGUUAUCCUUAUUUCUAAGGAGUAAUUAUGUAUUUGAAUUGAGAGAAAUUAAUUGACUAUAAACUCCUUUUAUCGCUGAAACAAACCCCUAAAAUAUAUUUCACAAACAGAAACAGGAAAGAAAUUAUGUUUGGGAAGAAAACGCCCUCUGAGAUACUUUGUGUUGCGUCGCUCACUUCUCAUCGUUACAAUCACGUGAGGAACAAUCGUGUAAGCUAUUCUGUGUCCAUCUAUGCAAAUGUGUUGCAGAUAUUUUUGAUAAGUGAGAAAAAAUAAAUUUCUA